GUCACAGCACAAGACGUUAGAUACGAGCCAUCGGUGAUUUUUGUGUAAUUUGUGACGGACAGUGGGCACUUGGAGAACGAAUAAGAUUGUUGGUGGUCUUCUGCUCCCAGUUCGCCUGGUCCAGUAGAGAAACCUGAGAGGAGGGAGCUGUACGAGUGGACUAUGGGCAGCUGAAGAGUUCUGGCUAAAAAUAAUCCUCUAGAGUUAUUUUAUCUGCGAUUACUCUCCUGCCUUCAAAUAACUUCAGCUCCGGGGAUGAAAACCUGCUAAUACAGGACAUUUUCCCUAUUAUCGGCCGGGCCAGUCAGGCAUCAUGUCCUUGUCAUUCUGUGGGAACGAUCUUAAUAACUCCUACAGCGUUGACAAGGGAGUCCUGAAUAAUGGUUGCUUUGUGGAUGCACUCAAUCUCGUUCCACAUGUCUUCCUACUCUUCAUCACCUUCCCUAUCCUCUUCAUUGGCUGGGGCAGUCAGAGCUCGAAGGUGCAGAUCCACCACAACACCUGGCUGCACUUCCCUGGCCAUAAUAUGCGCUGGAUCCUCACCUUUAUAUUGCUCUUUGUGCACGUGUGUGAAAUCGCCGAGGGAAUCGUCUCCAACACAGAGAUGAAGUCCAAUCACUUACACCUUUUUCUGCCGGCAUUUAUGGGAUUCAUAGCAGCCACUACAUCAGUGGUCUAUUACCACAAUAUUGAAACUGCAAACUUUCCAAAAUUACUUCUUGCACUGUUCAUCUACUGGGUGCUGGCAUUUAUCACCAAAAUCAUCAAGCUGUGGAAGUUUGCAGAAGAGGGUGUGGGUGUAGACCAUCUUCGCUUCUGUAUCACAGCUCUGCUGGUGGUGCUGUAUGGCCUGCUCAUGGCUGUUGAGAUCAAUGUCAUCCGUGUCAGGAAGUAUGUGUUCUUCACCAACCCUCAGCGAGUAAAACCUCCGGAGGACCUGCAGGAUCUGGGUGUGCGCUUUCUGCAGCCUUUUGUUAACCUGCUCUCCAAGGCCACAUAUUGGUGGAUGAACCCACUCAUCAUAGGAGCUCACAAGAGACCCAUUGAACUGAAGAAGAUCGGGAAGUUACCCAUUGCCAUGAGAUCCCUGACCAACUAUCUGCGCCUGAAAGACGCCUAUGAAGAACAGAGGCAAAAUGCAGAGAACCUGGAGAAGUCUCCAUCUAUCUGGAGGUCCAUGUACCGUGCAUUUGGUCGACCCAUCCUGCUCAGCAGCACCCUCCGCUACCUGGCAGACUUACUGGGGUUUGCUGGACCUCUCUGCAUCUCUGGAAUUGUAGAAAACCUGGACAACAAAACUGAAAUUAUCAGCAUGAACAAGACAGAGGAUCUGCCAUAUGGCGUCUACUUUAUGUCCACCACGGAGCUGUUGGAGAAGACUUAUGUACUGGCCGUGCUUCUCUUCUUGGCUCUGGUGCUUCAGCGCACUUUUCUUCAAGCAUCCUACUAUGUUACUAUAGAAACCGGAAUCAACCUACGAGGAGCGCUGUUGGCAAUGAUCUACAACAAGAUCUUGCGUCUGUCCACCUCCAACAUGUCUAUGGGAGAUAUGACCCUUGGUCAGAUCAACAACCUAGUGGCCAUAGAGACCAACCAGCUAAUGUGGUUCCUGUUCCUGUGUCCUAACUUGUGGGCAAUGCCUGUGCAGAUCAUUAUGGGCGUGAUCCUGCUAUAUUACUUGUUGGGGUCCAGUGCUCUCAUAGGUGCGCUGGUCAUCGUGCUGCUGGCCCCCAUUCAGUAUCUCAUCGCCACCAAACUGGCUGACACACAAAAAAACACACUGGACUACUCAACAGAUCGUCUGAAAAAAACUACAGAGAUCUUGAAAGGCAUAAAGCUGCUGAAGCUGUAUGCCUGGGAGAACAUCUUCUGUGAUAGUGUGCUGGAAACCAGGGGCAAGGAGUUGACCAGUCUCAAGACCUUUGCUUUCUACACCUCUAUGUCUAUAUUCAUGAAUGCAGCCAUUCCCAUAGCUGCUGUGUUAGUGACUUUUGUUACUCAUGCGUACAUAAGCGAUACCAUGCUUAGUCCUGCCAAAGCAUUCGCCUCCCUGGCACUUUUCCACAUCCUGGUGACGCCACUCUUCCUUCUGUCCACUGUGGUUCGAUUUGCAGUCAAGGCCCUGAUCAGUGUUCAAAAGCUUGGCGAGUUCCUUCAAAGUGAAGAGAUUGGCGAUGACAGCUGGAGGAAUGGGGACCUGGCUGUAACAUUGGAGUCCUACAAGAAAUCUUCCGGGGAGACUAAGGUGAUAAAUAGAAAGCAGCCGCUACGCUAUCAGAUGGAUAACUACGAUCAGCCCGUACGCAGGCUGCUGCGCCCCACCGAGACUGAGGACGUCGCCGUGAAGGUCAUCAGUGGAUGCUUCACAUGGGGUAGCAAUAUGUCGACAUUAUUAGACAUCAACAUUAGCAUCCCCACAGGUCAGCUGACUAUGAUUGUGGGCCAGGUGGGUUGUGGGAAAUCUUCACUGUUGUUAGCAAUGCUGGGAGAGAUGCAGAACCUCAGCGGGAAAGUCAACUGGAGCAAGCUUCCUGAUUGUGAGAUGCUCCACGAUGGCUGCUUAAGAGAAUAUGGCACAGCUUUGUCUCAUGAAGAACGGAGUAAGAACAGGUACUCUGUGGCCUAUGCAGCUCAGAAGUCAUGGCUGCUAAAUGCUACCGUGGAGGAAAACAUCACAUUUGGAAUUCCUUUUAGCAAGCAGAGAUACAAGGCUGUAAUUGAUGCUUGCUCGCUGCAGCCAGAUAUUGACCUCCUUCCUUUCGGGGACCAGACUGAAAUUGGAGAAAGGGGAAUAAACCUAAGUGGAGGUCAGAGGCAGAGGAUCUGUGUGGCCAGAGCUCUCUAUCAGAACACCAACAUUGUUUUUCUGGAUGACCCAUUCUCUGCUCUGGACAUUCAUCUGAGUGACCACCUGAUGCAGGAAGGCAUUCUCAAGUUCCUGCAGGAUGAUAAGCGCACUGUGGUCUUGGUUACGCACAAACUGCAGUACCUUAUUCACGCUGACUGGAUAAUAGCAAUGAAGGAUGGAUCUGUGCUGAGAGAGGGGACUCUAAAGGACAUUCAGACUCAUGAUGUAGAGUUAUAUGAACACUGGAAAACACUGAUGAAUAGGCAGGACCAGGAGCUGGAGAAGGAUCCAGAGACCGAAAGUCAGACUACCCUUGAGAGGAAGACCCUGAGAAGAGCUUUCUACUCUAGAGAAGCCAAGAAUCAAAUUGAUGACGAAGAUGAAGAGGAGCAAGAGGAGGAGGACGAGGAGGACAACAUGUCCACUACCACCAGCCGUCGUUCAAAGAUCCCAUGGAGGGUAUGCUGGUGUUAUAUGUCAUCCUGCGGCUUUCUCUUGGUCUUCUUGAUGGUUGCCUCCAAGCUGGCCAAGCACUCUGUCAUGGUGGCUAUAGAUUACUGGCUAGCAGCAUGGACCUCUUCAAGCCCAAAUGAUAUCGGCAAUGACAUCAGUGGCUUUGGUGUCAAUGGCACGAAUUACACUCAGGUGUACGAAGCAUUGCGAAAUGCUGAGCAUAGAUCCUAUGUACCGGUGUUUAUUAUCCUCUGUGGUGCAGGAAUAGUUCUGUGUCUUGUCACAUCUUUGACUGUAGAGUUUUUGGGCCUUACUGCUGCCAGUAAUCUGCACCAUAACUUACUGAACAAGAUCAUUCAUGCACCCCUUAGAUUCUUUGACAUCACCCCACUUGGUCAAAUCCUCAACCGUUUUUCUGCAGACACCAACAUUAUCGACCAGCACAUUCCUCCGACACUGGAGUCCCUCACACGCUCCACUCUCCUCUGUCUUUCGGCGAUCGGCGUCAUUGCUUUUGUCACACCAGCCUUCCUCAUCGCUCUGGUGCCUCUUGCAGUGGCAUUCUACUUCAUUCAGAAGUAUUUUCGAGUCGCCUCCAGAGAUCUGCAGGAUCUGGAUGACUCCACUCAACUUCCUUUGCUCUGCCAUUUCUCAGAGACAGCUGAAGGCCUUACUACCAUUCGAGCAUUCAGACAUGAGGCACGUUUCAAGCAGCGGAUGCUGGAUCUGACUGAUACCAACAAUACGGCAUACCUCUUCCUCUCUGCUGCCAACAGGUGGCUGGAGGUUCGAACUGAUUAUUUGGGUGCUGUGAUCGUCCUCACAGCAGCAGUGGCUGCCAUCUGGAUGUCGUCCUACGGACUUGCGCCUGGACUGGUUGGACUGGGCUUGACAUAUGCCCUUACUGUGACCAAUUAUCUAAACUGGGUGGUGAGGAACCUGGCAGAUCUAGAGGUUCAGAUGGCUGCAGUGAAGAAGGUUAACAGCUUCCUGAGCACAGAGUCAGAGAACUACGAGGGAUCCAUAGAUGUGUCCCAAGUUCCAGAAGACUGGCCUCAGCAUGGAGAGAUUAAGAUCCAGGACCUGUGUGUAAGAUACGACCUUAUGCUAAAACCUGUUCUUAAGCAUGUUCAUGCCUUCAUCAACCCUGGAGAGAAGGUGGGCAUUUGUGGGAGAACAGGCAGUGGAAAGUCUUCAUUGUCUCUGGCCUUCUUCAACAUGGUUGAUGUCUUUGAUGGGAAGAUAAUCAUUGAUGGAAUCGACAUAUGCAAGCUGCCUUUGCAGACUUUGAGAUCCCGGCUAUCCAUUAUUCUUCAGGAUCCAAUUCUUUUUAGUGGCUCCAUCCGGUUUAAUCUGGACCCAGAAUGCACCUGCACUGAUGACAGGCUUUGGGAGGCUCUGGAAAUUGCCCAGCUGAAGAAUAUGGUGAAAGCUCUUCCAGGAGGAUUGGAUGCGGUGGUAACUGAAGGAGGGGAGAAUUUCAGCGUGGGUCAGCGGCAGCUCUUCUGCCUUGCUCGAGCCUUUGUCCGCAAGAGCAGCAUCCUCAUUAUGGAUGAGGCUACAGCCUCCAUUGACAUGGCAACGGAGAACAUUUUACAGAAGGUGGUAAUGACAGCAUUUGCUGAUCGCACCGUGGUCACCAUAGCACACCGGGUUCAUACUAUCCUGACGGCUGAUCUUGUGAUUGUGAUGAAGAGAGGGAACAUCUUGGAGUAUGGGAAACCAGAGGCACUUAUGGAGCAGGAGGAUAGCAUGUUUGCCUCUUUUGUCAAAGCAGACAUGUAAGGGAUGUGUAACCAAAACGGCAGGAUGGACUGUGUCAAGAGUACUUGUUUUUUUUUAUCUUUUACCAAUGUACAUUAGAUACUAAUGCGGUAUUUUUAUUGCAAUUAUAUAUGUUUUUCAUUUUAUAUGUUACUAAGUUCUUAAAUGUAUAAAAUAAGCAGCUAUAUACAGUGUUUUCAGAAGGGUAAGAUCCCUUGUGAUUUGCUGCACACUGUAUUGUGUUGAGAAUUUUUUUUACUGAAUUUACAUUUGAUAUUACACCCGUAAUGACUGAGUCAUAAACAAGUCAUAAGUCUAUUAUUUAUAAAACUGUUCCCUUUAUUCAAUACUUUAAAGAAGUCUCUUUAGCAGCAGUCACAAUUGAGUCUUAACUGAAGAGCUUUGCAAGCUAUGCACAUGUGAAUUUGGGCAGUUUAUCUCAUUCUUCAUGGCAGAUCCUCACAAUCUUAGUUAUAUGUUAAUACGAGCAUUUGUAAACUGCCAUCUUCAGGUCUCCUCCAAGAUGUUCUAUAGCGUUUUUUAGGCCAGGGUCACUCAAGAGACUUGCCCCAAAGCCACUUUAGUGUUGUUACUGAGUCAUUGGUGUGUCACACAUGAUGCCUCCACCACCAUAUUUUACAGUAGGAAUGGUAUAGGCCAGGUGAUCUGCAGUGCCUGUAUUUUGCCAGACGUGAUGCCUGCUGGUCUGCCCAAGGAGUCUUCAUUUUUGUCUUAUCGGACUAGAGCAUAUUUUUUGUCCUUUAGUCGUAGGAGUUGGAGUCGCGAACUCUAAGCAGGCUGUGAUAUGCAAGACACCAACUGAGUUUUAGAUGCACCUCAGGUAUACUAAGCAAUAAUUAUACUGGCCACAAUUUGGAGUGCCAUAGCAAAUGGUCUGAAUACCUUAAACAACACAGUAAAGUUAGCAAAAAGUCAAGGGAUCUGAGUACUUUCUGAAUCCUCUGUAUACUGUUAUAAAGGGUACCAACACUGUACAGAGAUUGUCAGUACAUUUCAAACCCGACACACUGUCUGUCUAACGUGCAUUGCUGAUUUUUUAGACUGCUAUCACCAGAGGCACAAAUGACUAUGCAAAAUAUUUAGAUUUAGGCUGAAACAGCCAGCACAUGCAUUGAGACCUGUUUGACUAACCUAAGAAUAAUAACUUGUGAUUUCCUUUCCUUUUAGAAUAGAAAGUAUUAACAAAAUGUUUAUACACAUUAUACUUUUAUAUCUGUAAACAUCUUUUUUAUAUUGUCUGAUUGCUUAAACUAUAUUUUAAUUUGUGCUUUCUAA